AUGGUUGGGAACCGAGAGGAAUACUGGGUGCCCGAGGACUACGAUGGCAUGUCGGCGGGCCGCUACCUGGCCACGCGCUUCUCAUCGCUCAAGCCGCCCAUGCUCAACGUGCCCAAUCCGUUCAAGCUGCUGCGCAUGCUCAACCGCCAGCAAUGGUCCUUCUUCGCCAUUGCCUUCUGGGCCUGGACCUGGGACGCCUUUGACUUCUUCACCGUCUCCCUGACCGUGGGCGACCUGGCCAAGCAGUUUGGCAAGACCAACACGGACAUUACCUGGGGCAUCACGCUGGUGCUCAUGUUCCGAUCCGUGGGCUCGAUUGCGUUUGGUGUUGCCGCCGAUCGGUACGGCCGCAAGUGGCCGUUUAUCGUCAACAACCUGCUGUUUAUUGCUCUGGAACUGGGCACCGGCUUCUGCAACACUUACAAGCAGUUCCUCGCCUGUCGCGCGCUGUUUGGCAUUGCCAUGGGUGGUCUGUACGGAAACGCAGCCGCCACGGCUCUGGAAGACUGUCCGCAAGAGGCUCGCGGUAUCAUUAGCGGUAUCCUUCAGCAAGGUUACGCCUUUGGCUAUCUCCUAGCUGCUGCCUUCGCCCGCGGUCUCGUCAACACCACCUCCCACGGAUGGCGCCCCCUGUACUGGUUCGGCGCUUGCCCGCCCGUCAUCUUCAUCGCCUUCCGUCUGAUGAUGCCCGAGACCCAGACAUACCGCGAGCGCGAGCGCAUGCGCAUCGAGGCCGGCCGAAGCAGGAGCAGCGACGAGUCUGUCGGCAAGGUCUUCAUCACCGAGGGCAAGGUAGCACUCAAGCGCCACUGGCUCCUGUUGACCUACCUCGUUCUGCUCAUGGCCGGCUUCAACUUUAUGAGCCACGGAAGCCAGGAUCUGUACCCUACCAUGCUGACGAACCAGCUCGCCUUCAGCGCGGACAAGGUCACCGUCACGCAGGUCGUCGCUAACCUGGGCGCCAUGACCGGCGGCACCGUUGUUGGCUUCUUGAGCCAGUCUCUAGGCCGUCGCUUCAGCAUCGUCUGCUGCUGCAUCGUGGGCGGCGCCCUGCUGUACCCCUACACCUUUGUGCACGACACGUCCGUCAUGGCGGCCGCCUUCUUCCAGCAGUUCUGCGUGCAGGGCGCCUGGGGCGUCAUCCCCAUCCACCUGAUGGAGCUGUCUCCCGGCGCCUUCAGGACCUUUGUCGUCGGCACCGCCUACCAGCUGGGCAACCUGGUGUCCUCGGCCUCGUCCACCAUUGAGGCGCGCCUCGGCGAGCGCUUCCCCCUGCCCCCCACGGCCACCGGCGUCGCCCGCUACGACUACGGCAAGGUCAUUUGCAUCUUCAUGGGCUGCGUCUACGCCUACGUCAUCAUCCUGACCGUCCUGGGGCCCGAGCAGCUCCGCAAGAGCUUCGACGUUGCCUACGACCACGACGCGGCCGUGGUUGCCGGCUGGGACGACAAGCCCAAGGCAGUUCACGAAGAGGACUAUGAUGCUAAGGCGCGGGAUUCGACCGCGGAGAAGCAUCCUGUCGAGGAGGUUUAA